UGAACAAUUUGGAUUGAAUGGGCGGCAUGGAAAUGUCAUUUUCUAUUUAUCCAUUCGACUGACUAGAAGCUUGGCUGUUUAUCUUGUUCUCAAUGGUGAAGGUUUCAAGGUUAGUCUUUUUUAUUUUGCUGUUCGUUACUUGGUUUGGUUAUGUGCGUUGCAAGACAGACACGCAGGAGUUGUUUCACCGGUCUUCAGAUUCUAUCCAUUUACAAAGUUCGAAAGAUUCAGUUAAGAACUCUGAGGAAGAAUCCUUCGAAUUUCGAGCCGAAGUUCAACGGCUCAUGAACAUCAUCAUACAUUCACUGUAUUCCAAUAAGGAAAUAUUCUUCAGAGAGUUGGUUUCAAACUCUGCAGAUGCACUGGAAAAGUUGCGUUUUCUUUCUUUAACAAACAGGACGCUUCUUGGUGAUGAAAGUGUCGACAACUUGAAGAUUCAGAUUGAUUUCGAUCCAGAGAAUAUGACUAUAACUAUUGAAGAUAACGGCAUAGGUAUGACCAAACAAGAGCUGAUUAACAACCUGGGAGUGGUAGCAAGAAGUGGUACUCUAAACUUCUUGGAACAGCUUAAAGAUCAGAAGGACUCUUCGUUGAUCGGACAGUUUGGAGUUGGCUUUUAUGCAGCUUAUCUAGUUGCAGAUAAAGUGUCUGUCAUAUCCAAAAGUAUUUAUGACAAGGCAUAUGUUUGGGAAAGCAAUGCUGAUAAAACAUUUACCGUGAAGGAGUAUGUAGACCAAAGCAUAGGGAGAGGGACAAAAGUCAUUUUACAUGUGAGACAAGAUUCGACCGAAUUCUUGAGCGAACAUGCUUUGAGACAACUUGUUGACAAAUAUUGUCGAUUUAUCACCUUUCCAAUCUAUAUGAAAGUGGAGAGCAGUGUUUCUGACGAAGAGACUUUGGAGGAAGAAGAAGAAGAAGAAGCAACAUUAGACUCAUCCCAACCAAAAACUAAGACACAAGUGAAAAAUGUUCAGUUAAAUGAACAAAAGCCAACUUGGUUAAAGGACCCUAGCGAAGUGAAGGAAGAUGAAUACAAAGCAUUAUUUCUCUCCUUGUCUCCCUAUUCAAAAAAUUAUCUCACAAAAACACAUUUUCGUGCUGAGGGAGAAAUAGAAUUUCGAAGUAUUUUAUUUGUUCCAGAGAGACUGCCGUUUGACUUUUUCUCGGAAGAGUCGGAAGGAAGCCCUAUUAAGCUCUACUUGAAACGAGUAUUGGUAUCCGAUAAAUUUGCCAAAGAUGCAUUGCUUCCUCGCUGGCUAUCAUUUGUUCUUGGCAUCGUGGAUUCCGAUGACCUUCCUAUUAAUAUAUCUAGAGAAAUGUUGCAACAGAGCAGUAUCGUUCAACUCAUCAGAAAAAAAUUGAUCCAAAAGUCUUUAGAAAUGAUCCGUAACCUUGCCACCAGUGAUGAAGUGGAAUCCUCAUCAUCUGGACACAGAGGUAUCAAUUCGGCAAAAAGUUCAAAUUAUUCGCAGUUUUGGAAACAAUAUGGAAAAUAUAUAAAAUUGGGUGUUAUUGAAGACAGUGAAUAUCGAAAGAAAUUGGUAAACUUGUUACGUUUCCAAUCUUCCAAGACGAAUGAACAUGAUCCAAAUGAUUAUACAUCUCUAAAAAGUUAUGUCGCGAGAAUGAAAGCUGGUCAAGAUGUUAUUUAUUACCUUGCAGGAGAAUCGGGUGCCAGCGUUAGAAAAUCUCCUCUUUUAGAACAGCUUCAAGCCAAAAAUUUUGAAGUUUUAUUCCUAACAGAACCCAUCGAUGAAUAUUUGAUGCAGACUUUAACGGAGUUUGAAAGCUACAAAUUCAUAGAUGUCAGUAAGGAGAACUUGCGUUUGGGUGACGAUGAAAAAGCUAUCCGAGCCAAGUUGUCAAAAGCCAAGAAACAAUUUCAGCCUUUGAUAGACCAUUUGGAGCAGACACUUUCUGAACAUGUCACUCGAGUGAAAGUAACUAGUCGCCUGGUAAACACUCCAUGUAUGUUGGUUUCUGCAGAAGGAGGAUAUUCAGCGAAUACAGAACGUAUUCUAAGAGCACAAGCACUAGCUAAUCCCGAAAUGUUUUCUUUCUAUUCACCUAAAAAAGUAUUGGAAAUCAAUCCCGACCACACUAUUAUCAAAAGGAUGUUACAGUUUGUGAAAAAGAGAAAGGGGAAGAAAGAAAAGGACGAUAUUUCUCUCAUGUUGUACGAGUUGGCAGCCAUCUCAUCCGGAUUUCAGCUUGAUGAUAUUUCAGGUUUCUCUCAAAGAAUGCUGAAAGUGAUUUCCUUGAUGUUGGAUAACGAGAAAGUUUUCGCACAAGACUUUUCAACCAUCAACGAAGAAGAGAUUCAAGACAACCAUGGCGGCAACAGAGAAAGGAACGAAGAGAAAGAGCAAACAGGUGACUCACUUAAGAACGAAAUAUUCGAUACUGUUGAUCAUGAAGAACUUUAGCUGUGAUAUAUUGAAAGAUUUCAUUUUUCUUUGUUGCUUUUUGCACUGGUUUUCGCUGGUAGAAUAAUAAAUAAGGUCUUUUCCCC